ACAAAACUUUGAGUUGCUUUGAUAUUAAAAUGGCCGAUGUCUCAAGCAACGAUCGGAAAACAAAGCUUGUAAAGCUUAAUAAAAACGGUAAAGUUGUAAAAAGGCGUUCACGGAAUCCAGAAGAAUGGCACAAACAAAAACAGAAACGUUUAAGGAUUGCUGGCUUAGAAUACAUAAAUGCAAACGGAAAAGUUGUACCGCCCAAGAAACCUGGACCUGAUUGUAAUUGUCGGCGAAAAUGCUAUCAAAGGGUCCCUGAAGAUGUUCGAAUGAAAACAUUCCAAGGUUUCUAUUCUAUGAAAACUCAUGAUGAACAAAAUGCUUACUUAUUUGGCCUUAUGAGGCAAGUAGAUGUUAAAAGAAAAAGAGUUAAAACAAGCAGCCGGCGGACUUGUACAUUUGAGUACUUUGUUAGAGUGAAGGGAAGGGAAACACAAGUUUGUCAAACAGCUUUUAAAAAUAUACAUGCAAUAACUGAGAGAAAAGUAAGAGUGCUUUGUAAAAAAAUGGAUGAUGGUGUUAUGUUCCCUAGUGAUAAUAGGGGGAAAAACAGUCAUCGGAGAUCUGGGGAAGUGAGGCUUCCAAAUGGUGUAGUUGAGCAAAUCAAGAAUCAUAUAUAUUCUGUUGUCCAUACCCACAGACUAAAAGAUUUUAUUAGAUUGGAUAAGAUUGCUGGUUUAGAAAUCAAUAUAUCUAAAAUGUGGAAAGAUUAUAUUAAAACUUUUGAUCCAGAUAAUAUAACGGCCACUAUGCCAAAAUCUAAGAGAAAUGUGGAAAUUGCCUUACCAAUUGACAAACCACCAGUUCUCCAUCAGCCAGAGACCUUUGCUAAUAUCGCUCCAUAUCCAGGCAGCGGUCAUCUUGUUAACAUAGCUGAGAAUUACUUUCAGAACCAGUAUCAGACAACAGCUUUAGCAACAACAGCAACACAGGCUAAUUUUUAUCAACCACAAAAUAACACUCAUGGCAUGGGCAUCAUUGUCCAAUCAACCAGCUUAGCAAGACCUGUGCAACCAACUGCCUUUAUUGUUGUCCAAACAAAAAGCGAACCCCAGCCUGAGACUAUUAUAAGUGACAUAUCAUACAAUCAAAAUGCAGAUAUCACUCAAGAGGUGGUGAAGCCAGAAAAGAAAGUUAAAAAAGAAAGAAAAAAAGGUCCCCUGGUGAAACAAUGGAGAUAUUCCAAUAUAUUUCAUGAUGAAAUUAAUGGUGCAGCGCUUGCUGCAAUAAAGACUAGGCUUGGGAUGUAUUAUGCUGAGAGUGAUGCAGCAAGGAAGAAAGCCAAGCAGGCUCAGCCUGACAUGGUGCAAAAUAAUCAAAUGCCACAAGAACAAGUGCGGCCCACGCACACACUCACUUUGUACACAUGAGACAGAUCUUACUUGAUGUUUAAAUUUAAACUUCUGCCUUCAAUCAUGCUAAGAUUAGAAUUAUGGUAAAAUUUUACAUUUACUAUAAACAUUUAUAAUCUUAGUGUAUAGUCAUUAUUUUACAAAUGUAGUUUUUUAAGUUAUUUAAACCCAUACAUCAUUAUGUAAGAGUUAUACAAGUGUUUUAUAUUAUUUUUUAGCUUAUUGCAGCAUAUAAAUAGUUCUUGUUUAAAAUUAACAGAUUUUCAUACCUUAUGUUAUUGUAUGAUCAUCAAUAUGGCACUUUGGAAUUCAGAUUUCAUAUCCUUUAAUUAGUUUGAUAAAUAUAAAAUUGUGGAAAUUAUGCCCAUGAAGUAACUUAGAACAUUCUUCAACAAUUUCAAGUUGAAAAAAAGAUAUUCAAUGAGUAAAAAGCUAGAAAUCUUUCAACAUUUUUUUUAUGUGCAAAGGAAACUCAUUCUGUGAUUAUUAAUCAAUUUUCUCUUAUGUUAAUAGAUCUAAUAUUAUGAGCUAUUAAUAAGGCAAAAACAAAAAUUGUUGGUAAAAUUCAUUGUCAUAGGGCAAAAAAUAUUUUUUUCUUAAGAUUUAAUAUUGUAUAAGUCUGAAGCUGUGCUUUCAGUAAUGUUUUAUCACUUUACAACUAUUCCUUAAUACAAAUCAAAUUUUAAGAAAAUAAAUUGUAUCUUUGACAUUACUAAUGCAAUAAUGACAAAUUAUAGUAAUGAAUUGGUGUAAGAAUGUGCUUUAUAUUAAAGUCAUUUUAAGAUUAUAUUAAUGACAUUUAUUUUAAAAA